AUGGAAGCCUUUCUCUCGCGUCCAAAGCGAAAAUCGACCCAUGUUAACGCUACACCGGAACCGGAAACAGCCCUGGAAGAUGUAGAAGAUGGCGAAGAGUCGACCGAGAUCAAGCUCGCCAUGUUAUCGUCGCUACACCCCCUCAUUGAACAGGAAACUCUCUUAGAUGUCCUGCUAGCUCACGAUGGGUGUGUCGGCCAAGCGUCAGAAUCUCUAAAAUCCUUUCGCCCAGGGACAAGGAAAAGUGCCGUCAUAGGACACCAGCAGUCGUUAAGGCAAUAUGCAAAACCCAGUGAUGGGUCAUUAUCACCGCCCAAGAAAAAGACAAAGUCCAAAAAAGGAAGCACCCUGCAUCUAUAUGACCCAGAAGAUGUCGCAGAGCACACCCCAUGUACCAUAAUACACAAUUUUCUCCCAGCUGAGCUUGCAGAUGAACUCUUGAGAGAGCUGCUGGACGAGGCCAAGUCGUUUGAGCAAAUCACCUUUAAGCUGUUUGAGAAUAUUGUGGCCAGCCCGCACACUUCGUGCUUGUUUCUCGAGUCAUUUGAAAAGAUUCAGGAGCAGAAACAUGAUUACUUUUAUAACGGAGGCAUGCUUAACGAUGUACGCAAACUCACGCCGACACUCGCCAAAGUAAAGCCAAUUGUCCAAGAGACGGUCAACGAGCAAAUCCAAACUCGUAUCAAGACUCGAUACCCUGGAGGCAAAAAACUGAGACACCAACCAUCGAAGCCGUGGGUGCCCAACGCUGCAUUUGUCAAUUGCUAUGCUGGAGCCCAACAGAGCGUGGGGUGGCACAGUGAUCACCUUACAUACCUAGGCCCCCGAGCUGUCAUCGGAUCAAUCUCCCUGGGCGUUGCACGGGAGUUUCGUGUGCGCAAGAUCCUGCCGCGAGAUGCUGAAACGAAGCGCCCAGACGAUCCGGACGGCGAGGGACAGAUAUCCAUUCACCUGCCACAUAACUCUCUCCUUGUGAUGCAUGCUGAGAUGCAGGAAGAGUGGAAGCACUCCAUUUCACCAGCGCUGUCCAUUGAUCCACAUCCCAUUGCGGGAAACAAGCGGAUCAACAUCACGUACCGAGACUAUCGGGCAGAGAUGCACCCUAGACUCACUCCAAGAUGCUACUGCGAGAUUCCUUGCGUGCUGCGUGUUGUGCAGCGAAAAAAGGAGAACCAUGGCAAAUACUUCUGGAUGUGCUAUGCAAGCGCCAUACCCGAUAAAGAUGGGUGUACGUUUUUCCAAUGGGCCGAGUUUGAUGAAGACGGAAUCCCUAUACGUAGCAACAAGGCGACGUCGAAGCCGCCUUGA